AUGUCGGCUAAAAGAGGUCGUGGAGGUGUUGGUGGAGGAAAAUUCCGCAUUUCACUUGGUCUACCAGUCGGUGCAGUGAUCAAUUGUGCCGAUAACACAGGUGCAAAGAACUUGUUCGUCAUCUCGGUUAAAGGUUUCGGUGCACGACUCAAUCGAUUGCCAGCUGCUUGUGUUGGUGACAUGAUCAUUUCCACCGUGAAAAAGGGUAAACCCGAUUUACGUAAAAAAGUCAUGCCUGCCGUCGUUAUUCGACAACGUAAAGCAUUUCGCCGAAAAGAUGGUACCUUUAUCUAUUUCGAAGACAACGCCGGUGUUAUUGUCAAUAACAAAGGUGAAAUGAAAGGUUCAGCCAUCACAGGACCAGUAGCAAAAGAAUGUGCCGAUUUAUGGCCGCGUAUCGCUGCUAACGCUCAAUCAGUGGCUUAG